AUGUGUGGUACAGACGCCCCCGACGCCGCCGCUGGUCCCGUGUCCAACGGGUCGCAUGCCAGCAAGGCCAACCCAGCGAGCUCUCCCUACCAGAACGUCAACGACUUCAUCUCCAAUGUCGCCCGAUUCAAGAUUAUCGAGAGCACUCUUCGUGAGGGCGAACAGUUUGCUAAUGCCUUUUUUGAUACGGAAACCAAGAUUAAGAUCGCCAAAGCUCUUCCUGUGUCUUCUCCUCAGUCAUAUGAGGAUUGUAAGACUAUCUGCGGGCUUGGCCUGAAGGCCAAGAUUCUCACUCACGUGCGAUGCAACAUGGAAGACGCCAAGAAGGCCGUCGAGUGUGGUGUUGACGGCGUCGACCUCGUCAUUGGUACUUCCAGCUUCCUACAAAAGUACAGCCACGGAAAGAGUAUCGCUAUUAUCAAGGAGACUGCCCUGGAAGUGAUUCAGUAUGUCAAGAGCCAGGGCGUAGAGGUCCGCUUCUCUUCAGAGGACUCGUUCCGAAGUGACCUCGUCGACCUCCUCACUCUCUACAAGGCUGUCGAUCAGGCUGGAGUUAACCGAGUCGGUGUUGCCGAUACUGUUGGAGGAGCUACCCCCCGAAUGGUCUACGAUCUCAUCCGAACGCUGCGAGGCGUCGUGAGCUGUGAUAUCGAAACGCAUUUCCACGACGACACCGGCUGCGCUGUCGCUAAUGCUCACUCCGCUCUCGAGGCUGGAGCAACCCACAUUGACACGAGUGUUUUGGGCAUUGGUGAACGCAAUGGCAUCACUCCUCUCGGCGCCCUGAUGGCUCGUAUGGUCGUGACUGCUCCCGACUAUGUCAUUAACAAGUACAACCUCAAGGCGCUCAAGGAGGUUGAGGAGCUGGUUGCCUCUGCUGUCCAAAUCAACAUUCCAUUUAACAACCCCAUCACCGGAUUCUGCGCCUUUACACACAAGGCUGGUAUCCACGCCAAGGCUAUUUUGGCGAACCCUUCGACCUACGAGAUUAUUGACCCCGCCAUCUUCGGCUUGACCCGCUACAUUUCAAUCAACUCAAGAAUUACUGGCUGGAACGCGAUACGUGCUCGUUGCGAGCAAUUAGGACUCAAGAUGACGGACGACGAGGUCAAGGAAGUGACUGCCAAGAUCAAGCAGAUGGCCGAUAUCAGACCACUUGCUAUCGACGACACAGACUCAAUUUUGCACUCUUACCACAUAGAGUUGCAGAAGAAGCAGGCGCAGCAAGUGUAG